AUGAUGGAAUGGUUGAAAAAGUUUCUGAAAGCAAUGAUUUCAGCUAAAGUCAGGGCGUAUGUGAGGGACUACUGCAGGAGGAAUGGCCUUCUGACCCUCUCUGUGUUCGCCGUAGUGACGGGCUGCGUGCUUGGAUUUGUCCUCAGGACGUUUAACCUGUCCACACAGGCUAAGAUCUACUUUUCCUUCCCCGGAGAACUCCUGAUGAGGAUGUUAAAGAUGUUGAUUCUGCCGCUCAUCACCUCCAGUCUUAUGUCCGGCCUGUCAGCCAUGGACACCAAGGCCAGCGGUCGGCUGGGUUUCCUGACCAUCACCUACUACCUGUGGACGACCUUCAUCGCCGUCAUCGUCGGCAUCGUGCUGGUCCUCGUCAUUCACCCAGGCACGGGCACAGAGAAAGAUGGCCACCAUUCACAUUCAGGGCCUGUUAUGACCUCUGCUGAUGCUCUGCUGGACCUCAUCAGAAACAUGAUCCCGUCGAAUCUCAUUGAAGCCACUUUUCAGCAGUACCGAACGGACCUGGUACCUAUUGUACAUAACUCGGAUGUCAAAGAAUCUCAGGCCAACUUUGUGUAUGUCAUGCCCGACUACCACAACCCUCAACUCGGACACCCGGUCUUUCUGGAGAUCACGCCUGCGCCAGACCUCCAGUACAAAAUCGUCCCGAGUACAAGCAAGGGCAUGAACGUGCUGGGGAUCGUCAUCUUCUCCGCCACCAUGGGUCUUCUGCUCGGGAAGAUGGGAGAACGUGGAGCUCCGUUGGUCAACGUGUGCCAGUGCGUCAACGAGUGCGUCAUGAAGAUUAUCAACGCUGCGAUGUGGUACUUCCCCUUCGGCAUCGUGUUCCUCGUGGCGGGGAAGAUCCUGGACAUGCAGGACCCGGCCCACCUGGGGGAGAAGCUGGGCAUGUACUUCAUCACGGUGCUCUCCGGUUUGUUCGUGCACGGCCUCAUCCUGCUGCCUCUCUUCUACUUCUUCUUCACCCGAAAAAACCCCUUCGCCUACAUCAGAGGGCUGCUGCAGGCUCUCGUCAUUGCACUGGCCACGUCAUCCAGCUCUGCCACAUUGCCCAUCACCAUGAAGUGUCUCCUGGAGAACUGUGGCGUGGACCGGCAGAUCGCUCGCUUCGUGCUGCCGGUGGGAGCCACCAUCAACAUGGACGGGACGGCGCUGUACGAGGCAGUGGCGGCCAUCUUUAUCGCUCAGGUCAAUGAGUAUGACUUGGACUUUGGCCAGCUGGUCACUAUUAGUAUCACGGCAACAGCAGCCAGUAUCGGGGCGGCUGGGAUACCUCAAGCCGGUCUGGUUACCAUGGUGAUUGUCUUGACCUCUGUGGGGUUGCCGCCUGCCGACAUCUCGCUGAUCGUGGCCAUUGAUUGGGUCCUUGAUCGGUUCAGGACGAUGAUCAACGUUCUCGGCGAUGCCUUAGCGGCGGGGAUUAUGUGUCAUUUAUGUAAGAAGGACUUUGAGAGAGCAGCUACUACUGUUGCUGUCCCUGAUCCCACUCCUAAUCCCAGCAAUGGAGGCAGCUCCAUCCGGAGAGACACGAUAAUCUCCUUUGGUAAUCAGAGCAUGGCGAUGUCUGACGCUCCUCUGCUCACACACCGCUGCGACUACGUGUACGAUGUGGAGGGCGAGACGGUGCUGGAGAGACCGGUGGCCUGCUACAACCUCUGCCACGUCUGACACACGUUCACAUCACGGACAGUCAGGGAUACUGCCUUCUGA